CCCGCAGGGGGCGCCAUGGCGCGGGGCCGCCCGGCCCGGCCCGCCGCGAGGCCGCAAGAUGGCGGACGGGGCCCCGGUGUGCGGCUUCGUCUUCAAGAAGCGGGGCCCGGCGGCGGGCCGGGGGCGGCGCAAGCGGCCCAGCAGCGACCAGGAAGGGGAGAGCAGCGGCGAGGAGGGCAGCACGGUGGUGCGCAAGGAGAGGCGGCGGGAGACCCCCAACCCCAUGAUCCAGAAGACCAGGCGGUGCGCGAAGGAGAGGCCUGCGUACGCAGCGAGCAGCAGCGAGGACGAGGAUCCCUCAAAGGAGAUCGGCGUCACGUACAAAUCCACCAGGUCCGCGAAACCCGUUGGCCCAGAAGACAUGGGGGCCACAGCAGUGUAUGAGCUGGACACGGAGAAGGAGAAAGAUGCCCAGGCCAUCUUUGAGCGCAGCCAGAAGAUCCAGGAGGAACUGAGAGGAAAGGAAGAUGAUAAAAUCUACCGUGGUAUUAACAACUAUCAGAAGUAUGUGAAGCCCAAGGACACGUCCAUGGGAAAUGCCUCUUCAGGAAUGGUCAGAAAAGGACCCAUCCGUGCUCCAGAGCACUUGCGGGCCACGGUGCGAUGGGACUACCAGCCUGACAUCUGUAAGGAUUACAAAGAAACGGGGUUCUGCGGCUUCGGAGACAGCUGCAAAUUCCUCCACGACCGCUCGGACUACAAACACGGCUGGCAGAUUGAACGGGAGCUGGAUGAAGGCCGCUACGGAGUCAAUGACGAAGAAAACUACGAGGUGAGCAGCGACGAGGAGGACAUGCCUUUCAAAUGCUUCAUCUGCAGAAGUUCCUUCAAGAACCCCGUGGUCACCAAGUGUAGGCAUUACUUCUGUGAGAGCUGUGCCCUCCAGCACUAUCGGAAAUCCCAGCGCUGUUACGUGUGUGACAAGCAAACCAACGGCGUCUUCAACCCAGCAAAAGAGCUCAUGGCAAAAUUGGAAAAACACAAGGCGGAGGAGGAGGAGGAAUCAGAGCAUUCAGACCACGGAGAGGAUCCACACUAGCAAAGCGCUGUUUUGUAUCUAGCUGAAUAAAGUUUUUGUGGGGGGAAAAAAAAAA